AUGGAAUCUCAUGGAACAUCAUGGGCUGACCAAUGGGGCGAAGGUCCUGACCCUAUAAAUGGUUCCAACCAAUCCAAAAAGAAGAGCAACAACGUCCUAGGCAAGACCAAGACAGUAGCAUCCACUGGUGUCAAGAAGUUGAAGGAGGGUACCUCUGUUGGCCUCCAAUGGAUCAAAACCAAGUAUAACAAAACCACCAACAAACAUUAA